AUGUCUUGUUGGCUGCUUCAUAUCCUGAUUAUCUCUUCUCUUCAUCUCAUCUCUCUAUCAAGUCAACAAGAAAAAAGGUUUUUCUAUGAAAACUUUCUUGACCAAGAGAAUCUUUAUCUAGAUAAAUCUGCAAAUGUACUUCCCAGUGGAUUAUUACAGCUGACAAGCGCUUCAGAGCAUCAAACUGGUCAUGUUUUCUACAAGAAACCAAUUGGACUCAGUUCCUCUAAACCACUCUCUUUCUCAACACACUUUGUUUGCGCUCUGGUGCCUCGUCCAGGAUAUGAAGGUGGCCACGGUAUUGCCUUCGUGGUAUCUCCUUCUAUGGAUUUUUCUCAUGCGCAGCCAAACAGAUACUUGGGAGUUUUCAACACAUCAACAAUUGUAUCUCCCUCUUCUCACGUUCUUGCUGUUGAGCUUGACACUAUAUGGAACCCGGAGUUCAGUGACAUUGAUAACAAUCACGUGGGGAUUGAUGUGAACAGUUCUGUAUCUGUCGGAAUAGCUUCAGCAUCUUACUAUUCAGACAUGAAAAGGCAAAACGAAAGCAUAAACCUCUUGAGUGGAAAGCCUAUACAAGUGUGGGUGGAUUAUGAUGGCACUAUGCUCAAUGUCUCAAUGGCUCCACUUGAAGUCAAGAAGCCAAGUCGGCCUCUUUUGUCACAACACAUCAAUCUUACAGAAGUUUUUCCAAAUAGUUCAAGACUGUUUGUUGGGUUCUCUGCAUCAUCAGGUGCAGCGGUCAGUGAUCAAUACAUUGUUGGGUGGAGUUUCAGUACAGAGAGAGGAUCACUGGAGCGACUUGACAUCUCAAAACUUCCUCAAGUUCGUCAUCCUAAAAAAAACUCCACAUAA